CACACGGGUGGCGUGGAUUACGUUGAGUUCUAAGAUUUUUCAAACCAGGAUCUUACCCAUUAUUCUCUGGAAAUCCAGUUGGUCGCUCUUUUGCAACCACCGCCCGAGGUCCAUUUAAGAGCCAACUAUAAAGGUCUCAAUGAAACGCCGUUCCUCACGCAGAGACUGAUCACGGCAGUGGAAGAGGAUGGCCGUCCACGCUGAGGGGAUCGUGGCUAUAGUGAUCUUCUACUUGCUUAUUCUGGCCGUGGGGAUAUGGGCCGCGUGGAAGAACAAAAAUUCAGGGGUGUCGGAGGGCCAGGACCGCAGUGAAACCAUCAUGGUGGGCGGGAGGGACAUUGGGUUGUUCGUCGGUGGAUUCACCAUGACGGCUACAUGGGUGGGCGGAGGCUACAUCAACGGGACGGCAGAGUAUGUCUACCUGCCUGACUACGGCCUUGCCUGGGCACAAGCUCCCUUUGGAUAUGCCCUCAGUCUGGUAGUAGGUGGCCUGUUCUUUGCCAAGCCCAUGCGCUCCAGAGGUUACGUCACCAUGCUGGACCCGUUCCAGCAGAUAUAUGGGAAGCGCAUGGGGGGGCUGCUCUUCAUUCCCGCGCUCAUGGGGGAGAUCUUCUGGUCUGCCGCCAUCUUGUCAGCCCUGGGAGCUACUCUGAGUGUGAUUGUGGACAUUGACAUCAACAUGUCGGUGGUGAUCUCAGCCCUGAUAGCCAUCUUCUACACCCUGGUAGGAGGCCUGUACUCUGUGGCCUACACUGACGUGGUGCAGCUCUUCUGUAUCUUCCUGGGACUGUGGGUCAGUGUGCCGUUUGCCCUGUCCAACCCAGCGGUGUCAAGCAUCAGUGUGACAGCUAAAGAGGCUGUGUACCAGACACCCUGGCUGGGUAAGAUAGACUCAGCAGACACCUGGAUGUGGAUCGACAACUUCUGUCUUCUGAUGUUGGGGGGGAUUCCGUGGCAGGUGUAUUUUCAACGGGUUCUCUCUGCCUCUUCAGCUACGUACGCCCAGGUUCUGUCCUUCAUCGCUGCCGCUGGUUGCCUGGUCAUGGCUGUCCCCUCCGUCCUCAUAGGAGCGAUAGGGGCCUCCACAGACUGGAACCAGACUACAUACGGGGCAAUUCCUCCCAAAGAGAAGGACCAAUCAGAUAUGAUCCUGCCCAUCGUGCUGCAGCACCUGUGCCCACCCUGGAUCUCCUUCUUUGGUCUGGGGGCGGUGUCUGCCGCUGUGAUGUCAUCAGCGGACUCCUCCAUCCUUUCAGCCAGUUCAAUGUUCGCCAGAAACAUCUACAAGCUGGCCUUCAGACAGUCUGCAACAGACCGUGAGAUCGUGUGGGUGAUGCGUAUCACCAUCUUUGUGUUUGGAGCUCUGGCCACGGCCAUGGCGUUGCUCACAGGGACAGUGUACGGCCUGUGGUACCUGAGCUCCGACCUGGUCUAUGUUAUCAUCUUCCCCCAGCUGCUCAGCGUGCUCUUCAUCAAAGGAACCAACACGUACGGCUCGGUGGCCGGCUACAUCUUCGGUCUGCUGCUGCGUAUCGGGGGAGGGGAGCCCUACCUCAAACUACCCCCCUUUAUCUACUACCCCGGGUGGGUGCAACAGGAAAAGAUCCACCACCUGACUGGAGACGUGGAGUACUUCAUCCAGCAACGCUUCCCCUUUAAAACGGUCUCCAUGCUGGCCUCCUUCCUGGGUAACGUGGCCUUCUCCUACCUGCUCAAGUACCUGUUUGAGUCUGGGACUCUGUCUCAUAAGUAUGACUUCAUGGAUGCUGUGGUGUCCAAACACAGUAAGGAGAUCAUGGACAAGACCACGUUGGUCAGUAACGACAACAUCAUCCUGUCGGAGAUGGCGCCGGUCAAAACGCACCUCAGCACCUCACUGGCCGGGGCGUUUACAAACACAGAGGCUCUCAGUGAUGACGAGGAGUCCAGCCCCGAGUCCUUAAACAACGACCAGGAGUAGAGACCAGGACCCAAAGCCCAGGACCCAGAGCCAGACCUAGACCCAGAACUGACUAGAACCAGCCCUCCUGGGUACCUACCCUCCUGCAGAAUUUUGCUGCAGCCUUGCUCUAACAUACCUGACGCUACUAAUCAGCAUCUUUAAUAGCUCAACCAGGUGUGCUACAGUAGGGCUGGAGCAAAAGCCUGCAUACCAAUUGCUCUCCAGCAGAAGGGUUAGCCAGCCCUGAUGUAGAUCCUUGAACCCAGGCCCAGACCAUGUCUGUCCAGCCAUCCAGCCCCGUCGUGUUCUCAUCAUAUCAACCACUGACUGACUCUCUGCGAAUCAGACGCCACGGCCAUUUUAGUUUUCUGUUCUCAGUGCUGCUACAGUAAAUGGAGUCAUUAUAAAGGUAAGGUAAUCAAGGUAUAAAAUAUAACUGUCUGUAUGUGUCAAUAGGGAGCUCUGAGAUGGAUGCCAGCCCAGAGGGUGAUAUAAUGCAAUAUUUAAUUGUGUGUGUGUGUACGUGUGUACGUGCGUGCGUGUGUGCGUGCGUGCGUGAACAAAUUAAUAUCCAUUAGUUAUGUGUCUGAAAUCAGCUUUAGAUUAUUUUAUUUAUUUAUUUAGAUUAUUUCCUAAUUUGCUUAGAAUUAACUUACUAAUACAGCAAUACUGUUUUUAGGGUCCAUGCUUUAAAUAUAUAUGUCAUUACAAAUCAUUCCAAACUGUUGAUUGUUUUUUAUCUUGAUAGCAAAAACACAACAUUUCAGUUUGUUUUUAUGUUGUGUGCUCAUAAUCUAAUUUCCACACAAUAAGCUGGUACAGUUCAGAAUACUCAGUGUUAACAAUAUUUGCAUAGUAACCGGAUUUGAACAGAGCUGAGAAGGGAAACUCCUAUUCCAUGUUGUCCAUGUCCCAAAAUCCUCCUCUCUGCAGGUGGAGAGGUUCAAUACUGUGCUGUUGUGUUGGAGCGGAACACUUGCUAUAUUUCACAGUCUUACAUCACAUUUUUACUGAGAAACUACCGUGUGUCAGCAAUAUAGGUGACAAGACAUACAAAUACUGUAUUAAUGGCUAUACUGGUUGAAAGUGGACCUAGCUGUGGUUUUCAUCCAUCUGCAUUAGAAAUGACACCAUAUUCCCUAUAUAGUGCACUACUUUUGGCCAGAGCCACAUAAGGUUAGGUAGUGUGCAAUAUAGGAAAUAGGGUACCAUUUGAGAUGGGCCCUAUAAUCGUUUGUUACCUUCUCUAAACUGUUAUUGAGUGCAGAGCAGCAGCAGAGCGGCAGAGGGGUUGGGGAGGCUGAGAUUGCUCCUCCAGGGAUCGUAUCAAUAACCCGUUUGCACGAACGAUUCGAUUCUUCUCCGUCCGUCUGCCCCAAGAACAUUUGAUUGGUGUUCCAAGCUGGUUAUGAGCUGAGACAGGGAAAGAACAGCACUGGUUGUUUUGGUAUCAGUGGUUGUAUUGAUUGGAAGCUGAGCAGGUCCUAUGCUGAGUGAAUGAUAGGUGAACGCUGACAGGGCCCGGCUCUAGCCUUUUGGGGAGCCCAUGUUUUAUGUUUUAAACUUCAUUUCCUGAGAUUCUACAGGAAGUGUAGUGAAAAUGUUCCAAUUUAUAACACAUUUCAUGCAAUAGUACACAUUUUGCCGUGAGGCAGAGAGAUUGUUUUGCAGUUCUACUGCAAUUUUAUCCAUUUUUACCAUGGGGUGGAAAGAUAUUUUUGCAGUUUUAAAGCAAAUUUCCUGCAAUUCUACACAUUUUGUAAUGAAUUAUGCCAUGUUAAUAUGAUAUCUCACUGAGAAUGCCAAACAAAAUCAAUGGGGGCCUGCUGGAGGUCAGGUCCCCUGGGCAUUUGGUAUUCGGCCAUGAUUACUACAAGUUUAGAUAGCUGACGAGUUUAACUACCACUCUAAAAAUUGUUAGCUGACAUGGCUAACUGAGUGGCUGUCAGUAGCUAGGUUUCCAUCCAAUUUCGACAGAUUUUCAUGCAGAUAUUCUAAAACCUGCAUAAAAUAAUAUGCUUAUUUUGCACCAGAGAUGUGUUUCCAUUAAACUUACUUUUUGCCUUUAAAAUACUGUGCGUGACGUAAUGUAGAUGGAAAUAACUUUUGUGGUUCAAUUUCCAUUUAACAGUACCAAAUGAAAAAUAAGAGUUAGAUGGGUUUCAAUCACAUUUUCAGCUCUACUGAUGGUCUUGUCACAAAACCUUUUGAGUUAUAUAAUGUAUUCACUCUGGUCUUGUCACGAAACCUUUUGAGUUAUAUAAUGUAUUCACUCUGGUCUUGUCACGAAACCUUUUGAGUUAUAUAAUGUAUUCACUCUGGUCUUGUCACGAAACCUUUUGAGUUAUAUAAUGUAUUCACUCUGGUCUUGUCACGAAACCUUUUGAGUUAUAUAAUGUAUUCACUCCGGUCUUGGCACGUGUGCUCUAGCCAACAGCUGGCAGAUACAGUGCAGGUAGAUUACCUAUGUUAUGAGAUUAUUAUGGAUAAGAGUGUGUUUUUCAAACGGCAGCCAGGAAUCGAUCAUGUCACCAGAAGAAGACCCUCAAUAUUUUUUGGAAAGGAGCAUCAAAUUCAUCACCUUGCACAUUCACCCACUGUGUGAAGUUCAUCAUAACUUAUUUCAACUGCAGCCUAAUAAACUGCAUGAUUUUCCGAGUCGUAGUGGGAGGACCACACAAUAUAUCAUUGCAUCACUCCAAGUUUACUUCGAUAGGAUGGUUAUUAUACCAAUAUUUGCGCAUAAAGGCGCUUCCACUACCAUUUCUCACAUAAUUCAUUUUACAGACACAAGAAGAUCACACCAUGUUGAACCAACAUUGUCUGUUGGCAUUUAUAAAAUUGUAUCGGCAUUUCUUGUUUCCAUCAGCCCAGUCGUGACUUGUUUAUGCGUCAGGUAAUUGAUGCUCAUGAAAUGGCUGGAUGGAAACGUAGUCAGUGAACUGACACAAGAAGAAAAAACUGCUGAUACACAACCACAUUUCUAAAUCGCACCUGGUGUAUUAUACUAUUCUAACUGUCAACAGUAAGUUGAGACCCUGACCGACUUCCUUUUUAAGACAUUUGUGGGGAGACCCCCUAGCAGCCAGGGGCCCUAAGCUUAUGUCUCUUAUGCCUCGAACCAGCCCUAAACGCUGAGGAAGGUCUGUUGACCAAUAGGUUGGUCAGAGAAAACAUGUCAAAAUGCAGAUUUGAGAUGAUGAUGGGAAAUUUGGUUGUUGUUUCGAUGUUGUUGAGUAUUUCUAUUCUCUGCUUCACUCCUCUCAAAUAGUAUUUGUUAGUAAACAUUUGCUGGUCUUAAUAUAUCAUUUUAAUCUGUUUGAAUUAUGGCCUUAAUUUGGGUAGUAUUGGGAGCUGGUCUGAUGCUAUGCAAAGUGUCAGAGUGGACUUGUGUGUCAGGCAGUCUGUUUAGAAUGUAAUGUGAAUGUAAAGUUUCCUCUCCUUCAACCAGGAGACCAGGCUUCAUGCUGUCUUAUGUGCUACAGUAUCACUGGAAAACCAAAUCAAAAUGAAAGAAUAAAAAACAUAAUCACAUCAGUUGCUCGGCUGGCUAUACUAAAUGUGCUUCUAUGUCGUAAAUGGAAAUAUAUAUUUAUGUGUGAUACAUGUAUAUACCAACAAAGUCAGCAUAUGAACAAAUGGAAUAUACGUUUCAAUGCAACGUUAUCAAUUAUUUAUCCGUUUAGUGAGGUGAAAUUACAGCUACAUAAUUAUUCAUUUAUUUAUGCAGUGUCUAUAAAAUUAUGGUGAUUAAAAUGUGAGGUAAAUAAAUGAUAUUAUUUAGCACAUUGA